AGAGUGUUACAAGUAGGAUAGUUACAUUGACGUGUCUAAAAUUCAUUAAACUGAAUAAAAAGUUAAAAAACAGAUAAAAAUGCACUCAGUGUUACAAAGAGGCAAUUCAAUAUUUGCCUACACUCUCACUGUCUUAGCCUGUUUAACGUUUUUAUGUUUUGCUUCCACAGUUUGUCUGAACUAUGUAACAGAUGCUAAUAUGAAUACAGUUAAGGUAGUAGUAAAAAAUGUUCCAGAUUAUAGUGCAAGUAGAGAGAAAAAUGACUUAGGAUUCAUUACUUUUGAUUUACAAACAAAUCUAACUGGUUUAUUUAAUUGGAAUGUUAAACAGCUAUUUCUGUAUCUUACAGCAGAAUAUAGAACUCCCAGUAAUGAAUUAAAUCAGGUUGUUCUUUGGGAUAAAAUUAUUCUUAGAGGAGAAAAUGCAGUAUUAGACUUUAAAAGCAUGAACACCAAAUAUUACUUCUGGGAUGAUGGCAAUGGCCUUAAGGGUAACCAGAAUAUCACCUUGACUCUAUCCUAUAAUAUAAUUCCAAAUGCUGGACUUUUACCAAACGUUUUUGCUAAAGGGAACUACCUAUUCAAAUUCCCUGCUGAAUACACAACUUCUAGGGUAUAAUUAUUUGUAUUUAAAUUUAUGUACCUCUUUUUGUAAAUAAAAAGUGUACACACU